UUUUUUUUUUUUUAAGAGGAAAAAAGAUUUCCCAAAUACCCAACUCACUGUCUAUAACCCUCAAUCUCUUCUAUAUAAAUAGAGCCUCUCUAUUUCUGAUUCUCGUUUUUCACCUCUCAGUUUCUCUCUGGUUAAAUCACACACACAAACCCAGAGCGAGCAAAAACGUAUAGAGAAGAAGAGAUAUCAGAAACCCAAUACCAGAAAGGAUCUAAAUCUCUCUUGUCUCUAAAUUUGUGAAGAUGGGUUCGGUUCCUCCUGAACUGAGCUUGGAUUUUAGACCCUCUUUCGUUCCGAAGACGAUCACUGAUUUCCUCAAGGAGGUUUCUUUGAUCGGAAAUGUGACUGAGAGGCUCUCAAAGCUUGACGAUUUCGUCAAGCGAUUGGAGGAGGAGAUGAGGAAGAUCGACGCCUUCAAGCGCGAGCUUCCUCUCUGCAUGUUCCUCUUGAAUGAUGCAAUUCAAGCUCUGAAGGAAGAUGCAAUGCAAUGUGCGAAGCCAAAUGUUCAACCAGUGUUGGAAGAAUUCAUACCAUUGAAGAAAGAUUGUGAUAAAAACACCGGAGAACCCAAUAACCGUAAGAAAGAAAAAGACUCUAGGGAUAAGAAGAAUUGGAUGAGCUCUGUUCAGCUUUGGAACACUGAUAAUUAUCAUCCUCCAACUAGUGAUUUCCCUUGUGAUCGAAAGCAAGGUUUCGAAAUUGAUUCUAAGAGAAAUGACACCAGAAAUGGGAUAGCAAAUGAGGAUCCAUUUCAGACAUGUAGAGAUAGGAAUGGUGGAAGAGCAUUCGUGCCAUUCAAGGCAUACCCUGCUUUUCCUGUCACAGCUGUGAGGAAGGAAGAUAAAGAGGAUUUGGCAGUUCAUGGGUUGUCUUUGCUCACUCCCGGAAUCAAGAAUCCAAAGGAAGAAUCAGCUUCUAGUGGUUCAAGAUCCACUUGUGGAAGGGCAGUCUCCUUCUCUGCUGCCAAUGUUCAAUCCCAUAUGAGGAUUUCGCCACAGCAGCCAACUUCCCGGAAACAGAGAAGGUGCUGGUCGCCGGAGUUGCAUCGGAGGUUUGUCAAUGCUUUGCAGCAACUUGGAGGUUCACAAGUUGCCACACCGAAACAAAUUAGAGAACUUAUGCAGGUUGAUGGCCUGACGAAUGAUGAAGUGAAGAGUCACUUGCAGAAAUACCGACUUCAUACAAGAAGAGUUCCAGCUGCCAAGUCUGCCCCUGCCAAUCAAUCUGUAGUUGUUUUGGGGGAUUUGUGGAUGUCCCAAGAUCAAUAUGAUGAUUCUUCAAAGGCUAAUAGUUCUCAGUCUGGCUCACCCCAAGGCCCUCUCCAGUUAGCUGAAAAUGGUGGUAAUGAUGAAGAAGACAGUGAUGAUGAUGAUGAUGCAAAAUCUGAAAGUUAUAGCUGGAAAGGACACAUCCACAAACCUGGAAAAAAUGAUGUAUAGAGUUUAUCCACCAUCAAUUUUGCAGAUAUAAAUUAUACAUGGGAGGGAGCUAAUGAAUAUAAAGAGAAAAUAAUUCAUUAUACAUAAAAGGGGAAGGAUGUUGAGAGAGACUGAAACAUCGGCUAUCAAAUUUUGCAGGAUUAGUUUUCCUUCCCUAGCGUCUUGAAUAUGAGUUUUAUUGUCUCUUGAAAAAUUGGUUUAAGAGUUGUUUCACCGAUCCUCAUGCCAAGGAAGAAACAAUGCCAUUUUUCCUAAAUCUCAACUUAAAGUUUUCGUGGAGUCUAUUUGUUUUGAGAUCUUAAGUCUGUUGGAGGUCUCUUGGAUAGGCUUUUAAGCAUUCAGGUGGAACAAGUCAAUCAUGCUUCGAGUUUUGAAGUCCAUGGAAGAAACAAGGCUAUUUCUACAUCAAGUUCAUAGUUUCCAUGGAAUUUCUUUAUUACGGGUUUUGAUGUCCAAGGAAGGAACAAAGGCAAAUUUUCCUGCAAGUUCAUAGUUUCCAUGCAGUUUCUUUGUUUUGGGAUUUCUAGCCCUCUAGAAUUUCAGGUGGAACAAUUCAAUCAUGAUCUCAUCUUUGAUCUAAAUGGACCCCUUGGGGAUCCAUUUUCUUUGCAUUCUAUUGAAAACUGACCCUGCAGCCUGAUCAUCCCUCUUUACCUUCUGAAGCUCAUUUGUAUAAUUUUCUUGAGAGGAAUGAAGAAAAUAUGAUCUUAUUUUGA